CCGCAGAGUCAGAGUCCCCAUUGUGAAAGCCUAUUGGGAUUUAUUAUUAAUUGGAUUAUUGUGUGCCGAUGUCUCCGACCCUGAAACUCAGCCAGUAGAUACAAGUCUUCUUGAACUGUUCAUACUGUACCUGCGCAUAUUUUGCUGUGAACCCUAACGGAUGCAGGUAAAACUCGUUUAUGUCAUUAAACUGAGGGAUCGGCGACAGUCAUUUUAGAGGGUUAGCCACCUUCACACGAAAUGCUACCCGGCUCCAUUCAGAUAACCGGAGAGGCGCUCUCAGGGGCUGAAAUUAAGGAUAUCUGCGACAGCCUGAAAGAGAACAGCGUGCGGCUGCUGUCGGUGCGGGGUUGCCAGCUUUCGGACCGCGACUUCGGACGGGUCUGCCGCGGGGUCGCAGACUCUCACUCCUUGGCACAGCUCAACCUCAACCUCGGCGUGGUAUCUAGCAUCGGUCGGGUGAAGCAGCUGGCCGAUGCCCUCAAGACCAACCGAUCCGUUCAGACUUUGUUCCUGCACGGCAGCCCGCUGCUGGACGCCGGUCUGGUCGCCCUAAACUCAGCUCUGUCGACGCACCCGUCGUUGGUGUCUUUGGACCUGGGAGACUGCAUGCUGGGGGACGAAGCCGUGCAGCUCAUCUGCGGCAUGCUCCCUCCCGACGGGGCGAAAUCAGGUCUGAGGGAGCUGACUCUCAGCGCGAACCCAGCUAUCACAGGCAAAGGCUGGGCGAGACUGGCCAUCGCCGUGGCCCACAGCUCGCAGCUCCGGGUCCUGAACCUGGACUACAAUCCCCUGGGAGACCAGAUUGCGGGGAUGCUGGCGGUGGCUGUGGCAUCCAGCAGGACCCUGGAGGUGCUGGACUUGGAGGGCACCAGUCUAACAAACCAGUCUGCACAGAUCUUCCUGGACAUGGUGGAGAACUACCCCACCUGCCUGCGGGUGCUAGUGCUGGCUGAGAAUGCCAUCAGCCCCGAGCUGCAGCAGCAGAUCUCAGAUCUGCUGUCGGAGGGCGAGGAGGACGACGACAAGGAGGGGGAGGCACGGGGAGUAGGUGGAAUUUCCAGGGAGAAGACCACCUGGCUCCCACACAGCAACUCCAGCUCCCAGAUGGUCCUGGUUACCUCCGGCCUGGGCGACAGCCUGCUAGCAGAGACGGAGAUGUGACAUCACAAGGUCACCUGCCUGCGAGCAACCAAUCACUUUGCAUGACCUUUAGCACUUGUACAUAGAAGUUGUUUAUCUGGCACAAACCUUGAACACCAAGUGACUUACUCUACUUCGUAAUCUAUUUAUUUUCAAGAUGUACAGUAUUUAUAACUAGAUAUUUAAAAUUUACAUAUCUGCUGAAAUGUAUGCUCAGAUAGCUCACCUAAUUAAGGCUGUUGUUAUGGUCCCAUGUCAGAAUAAAGCACUUAUUUAGUUCUCAAUUAA